ACAGUGACAUCCAUCCUCUCAUUCCUCUCAGUGCUGUGAUUGGCGCACCGAGUAGCCAAUCAGGCCGCAAAAAGUACGAAGAACGUCUGGUAAUUAGCUGAAUCCUGCAUCUGACCGCCACCAGCUCUAUCACUAGAGUGACUGCGGUAAUCUAAUACUGUCCUCAUGUGCGAUGUGCGGCGGCCAUAUUCUUAUAGUCUUCCUGACAGAGGGCGAGCCCACAGAUGUUGUGUGUAGCUGUUUCGUAUUAUAAUAUACACUCUCAGAACAGCCUGAGCCAGGCAGUGGGGCAGUAGCGAUCCAUAGAGUCUUUACUAACAGUCACGUGACGGCGAGGAGUGUCUUAUAUAAAUCACUGAUCACCGAGGAUGGACAAGGACAAGAGUCACAUGACUGAGAGGAUACUAAAUCUCACCCUGGAGAUCAUCUACCUGCUGACUGGGGAGGAUUACACUGUAGUGAAGAAGACAUCUGGUGAGCAUGAGACAUCCAUCAGCCAUACCCGUGUAUCAGGAGGACUGAGCAGGACCCAGAGCCCCAUCAUGGUGCCUCUACCUCACUCACUCAUACGUGAGAGGCACAAUGACCAGAAGAUCCUGGAACUCACCAACAAGAUCAUCCAGCUGCUGACUGGAGAGGAGUGGGAGUAUAUAGAGGAACACAGGGGUCUGCACAAGGACGUGAUGAUCCAGAAUCACCGGCCCCUCACAUCACUGGAUGAAGUCAGUAACAGGAAUACCCCAGAGAGAUGUCCCCGUUUUCUUUAUUCCCGUGAUUGUACAGAGGAGAAUCACAGUGUCCCACAGGAGGAUCAGGCUGAAGGUCUGACUGAUAUAAAGGCAGAAGAUUUAGAGGGAGAAGAAGAGACACGUGUGACUGAUAUAAAGGCAGAAGAUACAGAGGGAGAAGAAGAGACGUAUGUGACUGAGGAUAAGGCAGAAGAUACAGAGGGAGAAGAAGACUUGUAUGUGCCUAAUAUAAAGGCAGAAGGUACAGAGGGAGAAGAAGAGACGUAUGUGACUGAGGAUACGGCAGAAGAUACAGAGGAUACGGCAGAAGAUACAGAGGGAGAAGAAGAGACGUAUGUGACUGAGGAUAAGGCAGAAGAUGCAGAGGGAGAAGAAGAGAUGUAUGUGCCUAACAUAAAAAUAGAGUAUAUAGAGGAAGAAGAGGAGAUGUUUGUGACUGACAUAAAGGCAGAAGAUACAGAGGAAGAAGAAGAGAUGUUUGUGACUGAUAUACAGGCAGAAGAUACAGAGGACGAAGAAGAGAUGAAUGUGAGGGGUUAUCAGCUGUGUAAGGAGGAGGAAAUCCCUACAGAUAUUAGCAAAGCAGAUGGAGGUAACAGCAGGAAUAUCUCAGAAGAAUAUCUCAUUUUAUCGCACGUCCACAAAAUAGAAGAUUACAUAACACAGGAUUCUGCAGGAGAAACCCCAAUGACUCCAAUUCUAUAUCCAGCACCUCACAGAGCAAAUACAUCAUCUGGUCCAUCUAAGCAUGGGCAGUAUUCUCCUGCUAACUCGAAUACUGUUACACCUAGUGCUGCAUAUAGAGUAGCCACAAUCUCUCCCUGUGCUACAGAUGGAACAUGUUUUAUACAAGACACAAUGCUUAUUACCGAUCAGCCAGCUAAGGCUGGUGAGAAACCAUUUCCAUGUUCUGAGUGUGGGAAAUGUUUUACACAUAAAUCAGCUCUUCUUGCACAUCAGAGAAAUCACACGGGUGAGAAGCAAUUUUCAUGUUUUGAGUGUGGGAAAUGUUUUACAUAUAAAUCAGCUCUUUUCACACAUCAGAGAAGUCAUACAGUUGACACACCUUAUUCAUGUUCUCAGUGUGGCUCAUGUUUUGCAUAUAAAUCAUCUCUUCUUAGACAUCAGAGAAAUCACACGGACCAGAAGCCGUUUUCAUGUUCAGAGUGUGGGAAAUGUUAUAAAUAUAAGUCAACUCUUGUUACACAUCAAAGAAGUCACACAGAUGAAAAACAGUUUCCAUGUUCUGAGCAAUCAGGAUUCCACAUAUGACUGUGAGUAGUACUUACUGGUACUGAAGAUACACAGGUUCACAUAGGAGACAGAAUGGUGCUAGCAGCAUCAUUUGAUACUUUAACAUCAUACAAUAACACUGGACUUGCUGGAACUUGAAGCAUAUAACAAAAGUACUAGAGGCUAUGGGUAAUAAUAAUAAUAAUUUUUUUUAUAUAGCGCUCUUUCUCCAAUAGGACUCAAGGCGCUUAGAGCUCAGUAGUAUUGGCUAUCACUGGAGAAAUACACGGCUUGCACAGAUGUCCUGAAUGGUGCUCAGCAGGACUGGCUGGAACUUGAAGCACAUAACAAAAUGACUAGGGGCUAUGGUUAGAGCUCAGUAGUAUUGGCUAUCACUGGAGAAAUACACGGCUUGCACAGAAGAAGUCCUGAAUUCACAGCAGGACUGGCUGGAACUUGAAGCAUAUAACAAAAGUACUAGAGGCUAUGGUUAGAGCUCAGCAGUAUUGGCUAUCACUGGAGAAAUACACAGCUCGCAUAGAAGUCCUGAAUGGUGCUCAGCAGGACUGGCUGGAACUUGAAGCAUAUAACAAAAAUACUAGAGGCUGUCUGUAGUGCUCCGCAGUACUCUCUAGCACACGGCUUGCACAGAAGUCCUGAAUGUAGUACAGCAGGACCGGCUGGAACUUGAAGCAUUCAAUACUUGCUGCCACUUACUGUCAAUCACUGCAAAACAAUUUUCACAGUGACCGUCAUCGCAAGACUAUUGCGGAACAUGCACAGGGCGACUUAGGCGCAUAAUGUGCAAUGGCAAAAAAAUUGCUUCUUCCCCCCCCAUACAAAAUUUACAUUACGUCUAUUUGUGAAUCAGGUCCAAUAUUGGCAAAAAUGCACAGAAUGCAGUCCACUUAGGGCCCAAUUCAGACCUGAUUGCUGUUGUGCGAAUUUGCGAGGCGGAUGAUUAUCGAACGACUGCGCAUGCGUACGGAUCAAAAUGUGCAGGCGUGAGUCCAAACUACAAAAGAGUUCAGCGUCUUUAUUGAUCGCUAGGCGUAUGCAGGUUGAGUGACAGGAAGAGGACGUUUGUGGGUGGUAACUGGCUGUUUUCUGGGAGUGUCAGGAAAAAUGAAGGCGUUCCCAAGCAUUUUCAGGGAGGGUGUGUGAUAUCAGCUGCGGGCCAAUCAGCCUGAUUCUAUUGCACUGUAGGAGUAAGUCCUGGGCUAUGCACACACUGCACAGACUGGAAAAAUCAUUUGAUGGUGAGCGAGUUGCGAAUGGAUUUGCAGCUGACCGGCGUUUGCAAAGCUUUUUGCACGGAAUACGCAGACUUGCACGGGGCGAAUUUUCACUCUAGAUGGUGACUAUCUGAUCGCAAACCUCUGCAAAUUCACAGAGGAGCGAUCAGGUCUGAAUUAGGCCCUUAAUUAGUAUCUCAAUCAGUUUAAUUAUAACAUCUGUGCAAAAGCAGGGAUAGCCCAAAAACCUGGACUGUUGGGGAGCCUUGAGGAUCGCAUUUGGGAACCAUUGAAAAUAGUCAAUAACAAUCUACCUGUCCUAAUGUAUUGAUUACUCUGUGUCAGAGUUAUUGUGUAUUUUAACAUAUAAUGUGCUAUUCACUGAACUUAUGUUGCAGCUGGAGUUAGAUUAUUUAGUAUGUUAAAUAGAAAUAGACGAUAUCUAAAAACAACCAAGGAAGGAAGAGUGAUGGAAAAGGUGCACUUAGAGGUUGUGGGUCGUACAUUAUGUAUAUAUUAUAAAAUAUAAUUAUUAUUUUUUUGGUCUACAUUAAAAUAAUUUUGUUGGAAAUCUUAUUUUGGUGAAAUAUUAAUUAAAAUGUGCAAAAUGUUUUGAAAU